AUGCUGCCCAUGCACUUUCUGAUUGCCACACUAGCUGGAGGCAAGGAGAUCCGGGAUUCAAUUCUGCCUAGUGUGUUAAUUGUAACCUACAAGGAACCUGAAAAAUCAUCUUCUCAGUUUGGAUUCUACAAACAAGCUGAAUGGAGGCCAGAUAGUACCAUGAUAGCUGUGUCAACUGCAUAUGGCUACAUCUUGUUUUUUCAUAUUACAUCUACAAGAGGGGACAAGUACCUUUAUGAACCAGUGUAUCCCAAAGGAAGUCCACAAAUGAAGGGGACACCCCAUUUUAAGGAAGAACAGUGUGCUCCAGCAUUAAAUUUAGAAAUGAAGAAAAUAUUGGAUUUGCAAGCACCCAUCAUGAGUUUGCAGUCCAUGCUGGAGGAUCUCCUCGUUGCUACUUCUGAUGGACUUCUUCAUCUUAUUCACUGGGAAGGAAUGACAAACGGAAGGAAAGCUAUUAAUCUUUGCACAGUACCCUUUUCAGUAGAUCUGCAGUCGUCUAGAGCAGGUUCAUUCCUGGGUUUUGCAGAUGUGCACAUCAGAGACAUGGAAUACUGUGCCACACUUGAUGGAUUUGCUGUUGUGUUUAACGAUGGUAAAAUUGGAUUUAUUACUCCAGUGUCAAGUAGAUUUACUGCAGAGCAGCUCCAUGGAGUUUGGCCACAAGAUGUUGUUGACGGAACUUGUGUAGCAGUAAAUAACAAGUACCGACUCAUGGCGUUUGGUUGUGCAAGUGGUUCUGUACAGGUUUAUACAAUAGAUAACACCACUGGAGCUAUGCUGCUGUCUCAUAAACUAGAGCUAACAGCAAAACAAUAUCCCGAUAUUUGGAACAAAACAGGAGCUGUUAAAUUGGUCAGAUGGUCUCCUGACAAUAGUGUUGUAAUAGUGACCUGGGAAAAUGGAGGCCUAUCUUUAUGGAGUGUGUUUGGAGCCCAGCUGAUUUGUACACUUGGAGGAGACUUUGCUUAUAGGUCUGAUGGUACCAAAAAAGAUCCCCUUAAGAUCAACUCUAUGAGCUGGGGUGCAGAAGGCUAUCACCUCUGGGUAAUCAGCGGAUUUGGUGCUCAAAGUACUGAAAUUGAGUCUGACUCCAAGAGUAUAGUUAAACAGCCUGGCAUUCUGCUAUUUCAGUUCAUCAAGAGUGUACUCACUGUAAACCCUUGUAUGAGUAACCAGGAGCAAGUGCUGCUUCAGGGGGAGGAUCGAUUGUACUUGAACUGUGGAGAGGCCUCACAAACCCAGCACGCCAGGGGUUCCUCGGCGCACCCUGAGCAUAAGGCUGCUGGGGCCAAGAGCCCCUUUGCAGAUAGCGGUGUAGAGUCUCAGGGUUUAAGCACUUUGCUUGGACAUCGGCAUUGGCAUGUGGUGCAGAUUUCCAACACCUAUCUAGAGAGCAAUUGGCCUAUACGGUUUUCAGCUAUUGAUAAGCUUGGACAGAAUAUUGCUGUGGUUGGCAAGUUUGGUUUUGCACAUUACUCUUUACUCACCAAAAAAUGGAAACUUUUUGGAAACAUUACCCAGGAGCAAAAUAUGAUUGUGACUGGUGGCUUAGCCUGGUGGAAUGAUUUUGUUGUCCUGGCAUGUUAUAACAUAAGUGACCAUCAAGAAGAGCUCAGAGUUUAUUUGCGAACAUCAAAUCUGGACAAUGCCUUUGCUCACAUCACCAAAGCACAAGCAGAAACAUUACUGCUCAGUGUCUUCCGGGACAUGGUAAUAGUAUUUAGAGCCGACUGUUCAAUAUGCCUUUACAGUAUUGAAAGAAAAUCUGAUGGUCCCACCACUACAGCUGGUAUUCAGGUUCUUCAAGAAGUCUCCAUGUCGCGCUACAUUCCUCACCCUUUCCUUGUGGUGUCUGUCACUCUGACAUCAGUGAGCACAGAGAAUGGGAUCACCCUGAAAAUGCCACAGCAGGCUCGCGAUGCAGAGAGCAUUAUGCUAAAUCUCGCAGGACAGCUCAUCAUGAUGCAGAGGGACAGAUCGGGGCCUCAGAUCCGGGAGAAGGACAGUCACCCUAACCAAAGGAAGCUUCUGCCAUUCUGUCCUCCCGUUGUACUGGCCCAGUCUGUUGAAAAUGUCUGGACCACGUGCCGAGCAAAUAAACAAAAGCGUCACCUUCUGGAGGCCCUGUGGCUGAGCUGUGGAGGUGCAGGGAUGAAAGUUUGGCUCCCUCUCUUCCCCAGGGAUCACCGCAAGCCCCAUUCCUUCUUGUCCCAGCGGAUCAUGCUGCCUUUCCACAUCAAUAUUUACCCCCUGGCUGUUCUGUUUGAAGACGCGUUAGUCCUUGGUGCUGUCAAUGACACUUUGCUCUAUGAUUCUUUGUACACGCGGAACAGUGCUCGGGAACAGCUGGAGGUGCUCUUCCCUUACUGUGUCGUGGAGAGGACCUCCCAGAUCUACCUCCACCACAUUCUGCGUCAGCUGCUGGUCAGGAACCUUGGGGAGCAGGCCUUGCUCUUGGCCCAGUCCUGCGCUGCAUUACCUUACUUCCCUCACGUGCUGGAGCUCAUGCUCCACGAAGUGCUGGAGGAAGAAGCUACCUCACGGGAACCCAUUCCCGACCCUCUGCUUCCCACUGUGGCAAAAUUCAUCACCGAGUUCCCCCUCUUCCUGCAGACGGUUGUUCAUUGUGCCAGGAAGACUGAAUAUGCCCUGUGGAAUUACCUUUUUGCAGCCGUUGGAAACCCCAAGGACUUGUUUGAGGAAUGCUUGAUGGCUCAGGACUUGGACACAGCUGCCUCUUACCUUAUUAUCUUACAGAAUAUGGAAGUUCCGGCAGUAAGUAGGCAACAUGCUACCCUUCUGUUCAACACAGCCCUGGAACAAGGCAAGUGGGACCUAUGUCGACACAUGAUUCGAUUCCUUAAAGCCAUUGGCUCUGGAGAAUCUGAGACCCCUCCAUCCACACCUACAGCUCAGGAACCCAGUUCAAGUGGUGGAUUUGAGUUCUUCAGGAAUCGAAGCAUCAGUUUGUCCCAGUCAGCUGAGAAUGUUCCUGCUAGUAAAUUCAGCUUACAGAAAACACUGAGUAUGCCAUCCGGCCCUUCUGGGAAAAGAUGGAGCAAAGACAGUGACUGUGCUGAGAACAUGUACAUUGAUAUGAUGCUCUGGAGACACGCCCGGCGUCUCUUAGAAGAAGUUCGGCUGAAGGACCUCGGCUGCUUUGCAGCCCAGCUGGGCUUUGAACUCAUCAGUUGGCUGUGCAAGGAGCGCACCCGAGCCGCGCGGGUGGACAACUUUGUGCUGGCCCUGAAGAGGCUCCACAAAGACUUCCUGUGGCCACUUCCCAUCACCCCAGCCUCUUCUGUCAGCUCUCCUUUCAAGAAUGGAAAAUACCGAACAGGAGAGCAGCUGCUGAAGUCUCAGUCAGCGGACCCUUUUCUAAACCUCGAGAUGGACGCUGGGGUCUCUACUGUACAGCGAAGUCAGAGCUGGCUCGGCAGCAUCGGCCCCACCCACCAUGAGAUAGACACGGCCUCAUCCCAUGGACCACAAAUGCAAGACGCCUUCCUGUCACCUUUAUCUACUAAAGGUGAUGAAUGCAGUAUUGGUUCAGCCACAGAUUUGACGGAAAGUAGCUCCAUGGUGGACGGAGACUGGACAAUGGUGGAUGAAAACUUCUCCACACUCAGUUUAACUCAGUCGGAGCUGGAGCACAUCUCCAUGGAGUUGGCCAGUAAGGGGCCUCAUAAAUCCCAGGUCCAGCUUCGGUACUUGCUGCACAUGUUCAUGGAGGCAGGGUGUCUAGACUGGUGCAUCGUCAUAGGCCUGAUUCUCCGCGAAUCCUCAGUAAUCAGCCAGAUCCUGCUGCUCAUCCAGUCUUCGGAGGUGGAUGGAGAGAUGUUACAGAACAUAAAGACAGGGCUACACGCGGUAGACCGAUGGGCCUCUACGGAUUGUCCUGGAUAUAAGCCAUUCUUAAACAUCAUUAAGCCACAAGUACAGAAGUUCAGUGAGCUGACAGAGGAGCAGGUCCAGCCUGAAGCCUUCCAGCCAAUAACUGCGGGUAAGACUCCUGAACACACUGGGCCCCGGGCAGAGGAAAGCCGGGGCCCCUCGGGCCAUGGAAGCCUCCCCCAGGGCGAGGUCGGAGGCAGUGGUCUGGUCGGCAGGAACGAGGAGGACGCAGCCCGAGCAGAGGAGGAGGAAUCCUUUCAAGACGGGACUUACGACUGUUCUGUGUCCUAA